GAUAAUGAAGAAGCCAAUUAGAAUAUGGUCACAAGACAGAAAACGUCGAUAUGGAGUUGUUGCCAACGGCUUUCAGGAUGUCAUAGAGAAAGGUGCAGCAAAGCUAGGUAUACAAGAUACUAGCACUUUAACUGUAGUACUGGAAGAAGAUGGCACUGUUGUCGAUGAUGCUUACUGGGAGAAUCUGGCACCUGAUACCAAACUCAUCUUCCUAGCAGCUGAUGAGGCACGGCAUCCUUCUCCACUGUCAGUACCAAGCAACUUGCUGUUUGUAUCUGAUGAAAUAAAUGGUCCGAUGGGAGACGAAGAGAGGGCAGUCAAUCUCCUCAAAUCAUUGGAACAAAAUCCUGCAUCAGUUGCAUUGCUAAGCUUGUCUGACCUAGAGGUCAUCAAAGAUGCAAAUAUAAGCUCUUUGGAACUGCCUAAACAGACCUCAGAUUCUUCCCUACAGUUGCAGGAGUUAUGUAUUGAAUUUUAUGUUAAGAAGAAGAAAGAAGCAGAAGCAAUGGAAUUAGUUGACCUUCUGAAGGAACAUUUAAAGGGUAAUGAUACAUAA